GUCAUUUAAAAAAAAGAAGAAUACUAGUACCUAAUUUUGAUUGAAGUUGUUUAUCAAAAAUUAAUUGAUAAAUAAAAGGAUGCCGUUACCUCCAGCUUUAGCGGCGAAAUUAUCUAAAAGAGGUAUUAUUCAGAAUAAACACAAAUCAAAUGAACCCGUAAAAAAACAGGAUUUCAAAGGUUUAUCGAGUUGUCCAAAUAAAUCUAACAUAUAUCAUGAAUGCAAUUUGUGGUGUGAAACGCAUUGGAAAGGAGUACAAACACCUGACCCUAAAUAUUUCAGAAAUAUACAAAAAUUAUUAGUAAAAUUUCCGUUACCCUCAAAUUGGACAGAAAUAUUUGACAAGGGAACUGGUAGAUAUUAUUACUGGAACAUGGAAAACGAUCUCGUCUCAUGGCUUCCACCAAAACAUCCUAAAUCUAUAAAAUGCCAAAGUGCAGCGAAACUUCGAGAAAACAGACUCAAAAUGAGGGAACGCGAAGAACGAUUGGAAAAAGAAAAGGAAAACGAAAAAAGAGAUAAAGACAGGGAUCGAGAUCGUGAAAGUUCAGAUGAGGAAGAAAGAAGCCACCGUAGAAGAGAAAGGGAACGUGAAAAGGAGAGGGAAAAAGAAAGAGAAGAACGAAAAAGACGUAGGGAGGAAAGACACAGAAAGAGAAAAGAAGAAAUCGAUCCUAUGGAUCCUGCUGCUUAUUCUGAUAUACCUCAAGGUGGAUGGAGUGAUGGUUUAGAAAACAAUAAAACUAGAGCAGAUAAUACUGCGUCUGGUGUUCUUUUUCAACAAAGACCAUAUCCCGCACCUGGAGAAGUGCUAGCUGCAAACAAAGAAAAAGCCAAAAAGGAAAAAUAGUUUUUAUAUUUCAGAUAUUUUGUCUCUCGUGCAUAUUACUUAGGUUUUUAGAUUGCCUAAUCCAGAAUUGAUCAUAAAAUAUUUUUUUCAUGCGUUUCUUGUACUAAUUCUUUUGUUUUAUCAUUGUUUUGGCAUUUAAUUUGUUUUUCUUUGUAUACUUGAAUUUUCUUGUAAUUUCCUCCAAAAUAUCACAAUUUUUUGUUUUCUUAACCCUUUUCAAGGUUUUUUAUUCCUCUUUGCUUAUUUUCUGGUGUUUUGUUUCCUCUCCAAGCUCUUUUGUAUAAUUUGAGCCAUAAUUUUGUUGCCUCCGUUUCUUUAUAUACUUUUUAAUCGAUUUCCUUCAAAAUAUCAUAAAUUUUCUUUUUUUUUUAACCCUCUUCAAGAUUUUUUCGUUUUUCUGGUGUUUUGUUUUCUCUCCAAGCUCUUUUGUAUGCGUUCAGCAUUAAUUCUAUUGCCUUUUGUCCCACUUUCUUUUUAUUUCCCUAAUAUUCAUUUUCAGAUAUUCCAAAUUUAUCCUCGUUGUUGGUUGUUAUUUAUUUUUCCCCAUUAUACAGUGAAUGUUUCGUUCUUUUACUUCGCUAUCAUUGGCGCAUUGUCUUUUAUGUUUCAAACACAUUUUUGAUCAUUUUCCAACACAUUUUCCACCUUCUUAAAUAUUUUUCGCCAAUUCUUUCCAGAUAUACAUCAAUUUUUUUGACAUGAAUAUAUCAAAUGGAUAUUAUUGAGAUAACUGAGAAAUUUUGAUGUUUAACGGAUGUAGAGACAACAGGAAACAAUUUUGAGGAAAAUCUAUUCAAGCAUGAAACGACUAAUCGAAAACACAAACUGUUUAAUAGACUUAGAAAUACAAUAAAGUAAGAUCAUUUAAAAAAUAAAAAAAAACAAAGUUUAUUUAAAAUAAAAUGUAAAUAGAACAUUCAAAUAUAUAUAUAUAUAACAUUCAUUUUAUAAUAAAAACUAUAAUGUAAGUACCCUUUUAUAAAUGACAAAUAUGUAAACAUAAAAAUUAUCACGUUUUAUUUUUAUUAAGGCACUAACAAGGAAAUAUUUCGUACAGGAUGAUAACACAAAAAAAACAAAAGAACUAGUUUUCUUUAUAAUAAAUUCAUUCCUUUAAAACAUCCGAUAAAAAUAAAACGAUGACUUGGGAUCAAGAUAAAGCCUCAAUUGGUAUACUAAAAUUGUUUCCUUUGUAGUAGGAAGAUAACCUCAAGUUAGAAUACUGCUCAAUAUAUACGUUUAAAUUAAUGCAGGAUUUGUAA